GAUGGAGCCAGGAUGCAGACCCGUGAUGUCUGACUCCACAGCUAGUGCUCCAACCCCUCCACUAUAAGGAACAAAGAAAGAAAUCUUAGGGGACAGGUUGGCGGGUAUCUUGAGUUCAGAUGCUUGCAGGAGUGCUUGGUGAGGAUAUGCAGCAGGCAUAGCGUUCAUCUCAGUUCAUGCACAGACAUUCCUCUGGGAUAGACAGGGCCUGUGUCACGGCCUUGUGUUUUCCCGAUGAACACCCAUUUAUCUCCCAAAGCCUCCCACAGGAUUUUAGUCUCAUCUUCAAACUAGGAAAAGUCAGAGAAAUCCUAGAAUCCCGUAUAUCAGGUAAGGUUCCCCUUUAUUGCCCUUCCAUGCAGAGCAAAGCCACUCAACAGAUUUGGGCUUAAUUUCAGGAGCAAGUUUUGCUAGGGGACAUAUCUGUUUGUCAGAGGAGGUAUCAUGCUGGCUUUCUACAAAAGCAACUUUUUUGAGCAGCUCAAUGGCCUCCCCGAAGAAGCAGCUUCAAGGUCUCGUUGCUGCAACCAUCACACCAAUGACUGAGCAUGGCGAAAUCAACUUUUCAGUCAUUGGUCAAUACGUGGAUUAUCUUGUGGAAGAACAGGGAGUGAAGAAUAUUUUUGUAAAUGGCACCACGGGUGAAGGCCUGUCCCUGAGCGUCUCAGAGCGUCGCCAGGUUGCAGAGGAGUGGGUGACAAGAGGGCGGAACAAGUUGGAUCAGGUAGUAAUUCACGUAGGAGCCCUGAGCUUGAAAGAGUCACAAGAACUGGCCCGACAUGCAGCAGAAAUAGGAGCUGAUGGCAUCGCUGUCAUUGCCCCUUUCUUUCUCAAGCCAUGGAACAAAGAUGUCUUGAUUAAUUUCCUAAAGGAGGUGGCUGCCGCCGCCCCAGCACUGCCAUUUUAUUACUAUCACAUUCCAGCCCUGACAGGGGUAAAGAUUCGUGCUGAGGAAUUGUUGGACGGGAUUCAGGAUAAGAUCCCCACCUUCCAAGGGCUGAAGUUCAGUGAUACCGAUCUCUUAGACUUCGGGCAGUGUGUUGAUCAGAAUCGCCAGCGACAGUUUGCUUUCCUUUUUGGGGUGGAUGAGCAACUAUUGAGCGCCCUGGUGAUGGGAGCAACUGGAGCAGUGGGCAGUACCUAUAACUACCUGGGAAAAGAGACGAACCAGAUGUUGGAGGCUUUCGAACGAAAGGACUUCUCUUCAGCCCUGAACCAUCAGUUUUGUAUUCAGAGAUUUAUCAACUUUGUGCUCAAACUCGGUUUUGGAGUAUCGCAGACCAAAGCCAUCAUGACUCUGGUCUCUGGGAUUCCAAUGGGCCCACCCCGGCCUCCACUGCAGAAAGCCUCCAGGGAGUUUAUUGAUGAUGCAAAAGCUAAGCUGAAGAGCCUGGGUUUCCUUUCGUCCACUGAUUUAAAGGAUGGAAACUUGGAAUCCUAUAUAGCUAGUGCCUCUCUGUCAAAUCAGAGUGUGUAGCUUGAAUGGUGCCUUCAUUUCUUUUUAGAUGAACUUGGACUAAACUCUUUUCUAGCAAAUGAAAUCUCACCCCAAUCAACAAGUAUUUAAACACCUUCUAAGAUCCUAAAAAUGUUUUAUUUUGUGAAGGAGCAAAAACUCUUAAAGGAGUCAUGAACCCUGAGUCAUUCGAUAUUUCACAAAAUUUUUGUGGAGAAAUUUCUGCUUAUAUGGAUGAAAUGGAAUCAAGAGGAAAAUUAUAAUGAUUCAUUCCGUCUGCCUUUAGGAGCUCCCAUUAUCUUGCUUUCUGAUUCUUAAUCAUAUUUUAAAUUUUUUUUUAAAUUUUAAACCACUAUAAUGUACUUUCAUUUUAAUAAAUAUUCAUUUGGAAUCUAGGACAACUCUGAGCUACUUCAUUUAGGCUGGUACACUUACUUUAAUGCCAAAUUACAACAUGACUCAACUUUACACAACUAUUAACACACACAGCUAUAACUCACUUGGCUACUCAGUCUAAUUCUAGAAUAUCUGCUUUCAGAUUAACUGUGAUGUCAGUUUCCCCCCAAAACACUGCAUUAGGUGAAGACUUGCUUCAGUUCUUACCACUCAAGGGCCCAUUAGAGUGGCUUUUCACAGAACAAAGAAAAGGCCCUCCCCAAAGAUGAACUCAAGUUUCCACUUCUUGCUAUACACAGAACUUUUCAAAGCUCAAAAUCUCAAAGAACCGAAGAGCUCUCCUCUGGGCACCACACAUUCCCCUUUCCCCACAGGAAGUGAAAGGCUUCCCCACAGGAAGAAGGUGGCUCCCCCACAGCGCCCUGAAUGACUGCAAGUGAAGGCCAAUGUCCGCUCUGUGGUGAACCCCAUGGGCUGUUAUUUCCUGGUCACGCUGCCAGCACAUUUCUUCAGUGAAGGAAGAUUUGGGGAGGACCCAACAAUUUCACUCUUGUCUCCCUCCAUACCUUAUUUAUUCUUUUCUUUUCUUUCUCAGUAGUAUGGCUAUUUAGUCUCCUUUCCAACAGACACUGGUGAGCGCUUCCUAGUAACAAAGUGUAUUGCCUUGGUGAUUGGAAACCUGACUAUCCAGUCUAUCCGUUACCUAGGAUUUUGUCCUUGUUUCUUCUCUACUGAGUCUGCUCAUUGGCUAAAGGAAAAUAUUUGAAAUUCUUACCAGUUUUACUCUUUAUAUUUUAUCUCUUAAAGGGAGAACUUUCUCAAAAUGAGAAUUUGAAAUUAUCUGUGGAUUCAGUCACCGUUGCCAACUGAUCAGCUAGUUAAGGGUUGUUACGUU